AUGUUGCUAUGACGUCGACUCUCUCCAUUUAACCAUAAAUUUAGAAUGCACAGUACAGGAGAAGCAAGAAGAGCUGAAAAAUCAACAGGACCUACCAUCGAAGGACCUCUUGGCAAAAUCGCCAGCAAUCUUCAAAUAGAAAAGCACCCUGCAUGGUCAGCCGUUCGUCUUCAGAAGUAUGAAGUAUUAAAGCAAAAGUACCUAGCCUCACUAGCUGGCAGAGAAAAGCACCCAAUCCAAGUCAUUCUCCCAGACGGGUCACAAAAAGAAGGAGUUUCCUGGCAAACCACACCACUUGAUAUCGCAAAAUCAAUAUCUCACAAGUUGGCGGAAAAGGCAGUAGUAGCAAGAAUCAGGUAUACCCACGACCAUCAAGGCGCUGAACAAGUAUUUUCUGGAGAAAUAGAGGACGAGAGUCACCAUCACGAAGAAGACGAAAAGUCUCAGCUUUACGAUAUGUUCAGACCUCUAGAAGGCGACUGCCACCUUGAGAUACUCACAUGGGAAGAUGAUAACGCAAAAACUGUAUUUUGGCACUCGUCAAGCCAUAUUCUUGGAGCCUCCCUUGAGGACAACUUUGGAGCCCUUCUUACCAAUGGGCCUCCUCUUAAGCCAGGCUACUACUAUGAUUCAUACACUGGGGAGCGUGCAAUUAAGCCUGAAGACUUCAAAGAGAUUCAAAAGAAAUUCGACGAACUUGUGUCAGGAAAACACCCAUUUGAGAGGAUUCUACUUACAAAAGAAGAAGCUUUAGAUUUGUUUGACUACAAUCCUUUCAAAGUCGCUUUGAUGAGAGUAAAACUUCCAGAAAAUUCGUUGACCAGCAUCUAUCGCUGCGGCCCGUUCAUUGACCUUUGUACAGGUCCUCACCUUCCUCAUACAGGCUAUGUUAAAGCUUCCUCAAUCACAAAAAAUUCCUCAGCUUAUUUCCUUACUUCCUUUCCAAAGGUUAGAAUAUUUUAAUUUGGGAGUCAUGCUAUUGCAAAUGGGCAAGAAAUUUUUUAGAUAAGGUCAAUUUUUUAAUCAAAGCUUGUAAUAUUAUUUUUACAUUAUUAUCCACUUUUAAUAAUUAUAAUAAUUUUAAAGAAUUGAUAGAGAAAAAUAUAUAUCUUGUUCCUGGAGUAGGAUUAAUAAUUCUGAAAACGAUUCUUUACAGCGCGUCUACGGAAUUUCUUUUCCUAUUAAAAAAGAGCUAGAUGAGUACAUAAAAUUCCAAGAAGAAGCAGCACAAAGAGACCAUAGAAGAGUUGGCACAUCUCAAGAGCUAUUUUUCUGGCAUCCUUAUUCCCCUGGAUCUACAUUUUUCACAAAGCACGGAACAAGAAUUUACAACAGACUAAUUGAGUUUAUCCGCGCAGAAUACGCAGUAAGAGGAUUUAUCGAGGUUGGUACACCUAACAUGUUUUCUUCAAAUCUAUGGAAGACUUCUGGGCAUUACCAAAACUACAAAGACGCCAUGUUCAUGCUUGACGUAGAAAACCAAGAAUUCGGCUUAAAACCUAUGAACUGUCCUGGGCAUUGCUUAUAGGCAUAUCCCUUAGAUAGCCCGAUAUGGGCUAGGGAUAGAGGCCAAAACUUCCUACUUGGCUCGGCUAAAAUGGACUGGUUGAACAAAGUGGAAAAUGGCAAAUAAGCCUCCUUCCACUUGGUUCAACCAAUCCAUUUUGGCCGAACCAAGUAAGAAGUUUUUGGCCUCUAUCCCUAGCCCUAUAUCGGACUAUCUAAAGGGAAUGCCUAUAGUUUUUGACAGUGUUAUGAGAUCAUACAGAGAACUGCCAUUAAGAGUUGCUGAAUUUGGAGUUCUGCACAGAAAUGAACUAUCAGGAACUUUGACAGGCUUGUUUAGAGUAAGGAGAUUUGUCCAAGAUGAUUCACACAUUUUCAUAAGAAAAGACCAAAUUGCUUCAGAAGUAGAAAACUGCUUGGAUUUCUUAUGCUAUGUCUAUGACGUCUUUGGAUUCCACUAUGAAUUCGAGCUAUCAACUAAGCCAGGUAAAGCACUUGGAAGUGAUGAAUUGUGGGCAGAUGCUGAAGCACAGCUAGCCCAAGCUUUGGAUAGGUCUGGAAAACAGUGAAAAUUAAAUCCUGGUGAUGGUGCUUUCUAUGGGCCAAAGAUUGAUAUCCAGGUUUAUGAUGCGUUGAAGAGAAAACAUCAGUGCGGGACAAUCCAGCUCGAUUUUAACUUGCCAAUCAGGUUCGAUUUGCAGUUCAAGACUGAUCACGUUUCCCAAGAAGAACAGCAGCACUUAGUAGAAUACACAGAUUUCAAAGAAAAGCCAGUCAAGCCAGGCUAUGAAAGACCAGUCAUCAUCCACAGAGCUAUUUUAGGGUCACUUGAAAGAAUGAUUGGAAUUUUGGUCGAACAAACAGGAGGAAAGUGGCCAUUCUGGCUCUCCCCAAGACAAAUCGCAAUUCUACCAAUUUCAGACACUUAUAAUGAGUACGCAGAACAAAUCAAAAACAGACUUACACUUGAAGGAUUUUACGCUGAUGUCAACAGUGACAGCUUAAGCUUGAAAAAGAAAGUAAGAGAAGCCCAACUUGCUCAAUACAACUUAAUUGGUGUUGUUGGAGAGCAAGAAUCCGCUAAUGGAACAAUUGAUGUGAGAGACAGAGAUAGCAAUAAAAGCAUUGGGAAAUUCACUAUUGCUGACUUUAUUGUUUAUAUGAAAAGUCUACUGCCACCACCAUCCAAGGCUAGAAUUGAGCUAGAACGCCACUCUUAUUGCCAGGAGUGCGUCGAAGUCAAACAAGUCAUUAACUUCGUUGACCUCAACAAACAGCUAGAACUCCAAACUUACAUCAAAGGUGAUAGUGUCAGUGAAGAAGACUGGAAAAUCUAUGGAUCCCUCAAAUCAGCUAUGUACAUAAAAUGGUGAGACGAGUCGGCCUGCCCUCUUGGCGCUACAGUCCAGACCUUAUGGCCACGGCGAACUGAGACGGACUCCGAGUCUAGAAUCAAGUGCAGGCUCAAGAAUUGUGUACGCGGGUAGGUUUUGGCUGCUUUCCUGUUGUUGGAAAUGGAGGUGCUCAGCAACGUCCUUUUGGAUCCGAGGACCCACAGGCAUUCCUCCACUGGGGUUCGGCCCAGGCCUCAGGAGAGCUGUCUUUUUCCUAUAGCUGUCAAAGGAAGGCACUUCAGCGCCCGAUAGACUUCAAGAUCCUUGGGGUCAAGCUAGUCCAAUCGCCCAUAGCCGGGCCGCAGAAGUCCAUAAGCACUCAAGACUGAAGCCUCAAGGCAAGGAGGAGAGAGAAGGUACCGGAAGGGCAUCUACCUUUGGGGAAAGACCCUCUGGGCUGGAGUCGAAAAGCGGUUGAACCUCCCUUUGCAGGAGGUCUUUGUGACUGCGUCACCAAUAUGGCUGACGCCUGACUUUAAUAACCUAACCUAACGCUCAAAUCAGCUCCAAGCCAAGAAAAAUAUCCACAUCUCCAUAGGUGGUAUUUACAUCUUAAAUCAAUAGCAGCUUAA